UCGAGUUUUGAAAUAAUAAUAUUUAUUUCAGAUAAUUUAACAAUUGACAGACGAGAAUGCCGCAAAGCGACAGCUGCGAUAAGUUGCAGGAAAUAUUUCCAAUAGAGCUGUCGGACUCCUGUAGAUCCCUACCCACCCCCAGUCCUACACUUGUUAAACCAUUGAAUGGGUACAACAGAGCUAUGUACCACCCACGAGUUUCAAGAACACGCUCUCUUUCCAUCACAGAGACCUCCAAGGCUCCCGGUCAUGGGUCAACCUCCUCGGCUAUACUGUUCAGGAACUCUACUGGCGCACCUGUAGUCCAGCCUUUAGCUGCAUUCAGUAAAGAUGGGCCGUCCAGCGAUGAAGAUAUAUUAAACUUCUUCAAAUGUUAUAAAUGCUACGAUUUAAUCCCUACGUCAGCUAAACUAGUUGUUUUGGAUACCAGGCUAAUCGUAAAAAGAGCUUUCUAUGCUAUGGUAGACACAGGGGUACGCGCCUGUCCUCUUUGGGACUCAGUGAGACAACAGUUCAUUGGCAUGCUUACAAUAACAGACUUCAUUAGGAUACUGCAGAAGUAUUACAAUGGGCCGGGGGAGGAGAUGCAGGCCUUCGAGGAACUCAGGCUUUGUGACGUCAAGGUUGUGUCUUCAGAGGAACUUGAGAGUAAUGUGCUGCACAUGUAUCCUGACUCCAGUCUAUUUGAUGCAGCAUCCGUACUCAUCAGAAACAAAAUACAUAGGUUACCGAUCAUUGACCCGAGUAAUGGGAAUGUUCUGUAUAUAAUGACUCAGAAACCGAUGCUGAAAUUUUUGUACAAGUUUUUCCCCAGGCUCGACCAGGUUUCAAUACUACACAGAAGUAUUUCUGAGGCAGAAGUGGGCACAUUCAAGAAAAUUAAGGUCUGAGGUCAAAUCAAAACUUUUGAACU